UAGUUCCUCCACUUCCAUGUUGUGAUGAUCCUGUAUUCCUCUAUAGAAUCUAUCAGGAUGUGAUUUUGAAAUGCGAUGAUCUGAAGAAUGCUCUGCAUUCAUUGAAAACAACAUUGGAUUCACAAUCUGCCCAUAUAGCCUUGGAUAAGUACUUGCUUCCAAGUUCCCCAAGAGAUCUCAGCUGCUGCACAGUUAACACAACCCUGAAUGUUUUGUAUCAGAGGCCCACAAAUGCAGAGUUUUUGUCUGUAGCUUUAGUCUAUUAUGUUGACUAUGGGGUUAGGGGUGGUGGCAGUGCUGUUAGGCUGAUUACAAAGCAGGAAGUAGUGAAGACCACAUUGGAAAAAAGCAUGCAUGGAAAGACCAUAUUGGUUUGGGUCACUCCAUUAGCAGGUGGUGAAGAAGGCCCAUCUGCUAUGGCAGAAUGCUCCUUGUGCUGAGAAAUUUUUGAGAUUGUGCCAAGUUUCUCUGAGAAACCUUGAGUGUGAACUGGUCCAUUGUUUUUUAAAAAUGGGGAAGGCUGAGUUUGGAACCCCCAAAUAUAUUGCCAAUAAGAUCAAGGCCAAGGGCCUGCAGAAGCUACGCUGGUACUGUCAGAUGUGUCAAAAGCAGUGUCGAGAUGAGAAUGGGUUCAAGUGCCACACUAUGUCUGAAUCUCAUCAGAGACAACUUCUCUUGUUUGCUGAAAAUCCACACCGUUAUUUGGAUUCCUUCUCCAGGGAGUUUGAGCAGACAUAUCUUCAUUCCCUGAAGAUGAGAUAUGGCACCAAACGAGUGAAUGCCAACCAGGUUUACCAAGAGUACAUCUCAGACCGACAUCAUCUUCACAUGAAUGCUACAAAAUGGGAGACCCUGACUGAUUUUGUCAAACACCUUGGUCGUGUUGGGAAAUGUGAGGUUGAUCAGACAGAAAAGGGUUGGUUUGUCCAGUAUAUUGACAGAGACCCAGAAACAAUUGCGAUGCAGGAGAAGCAUGCCAAGAAAGAGAAGAUGGCAAAGGAUGAUGAAGAAAGACUCAAGGACUUCAUAGAAAAGCAGGUGGAACGAGGCAAGAAUGUUGCAAAUUCAGAGGAUGGCCCUUCCUAUACUGAACUCCAAAGAGAAGGAGAGGAAAAGGUGAACCUCAAUCUCAACCUGAGUCAAGCUAAGUCAACUGGAAUAGGAGAGAAAAGGCCCAGCUUAGAAAAUCCCCUGAUGAAGACUUCUAAAAGUUCUACUGUGAAGGAAAAGGGAAAAGAUGAGUGUCAGCCUCCAGAGAAAAGAAAGAAGAAAUCAGCUCUGGAAGAACUUAUGGCUGAGGAAGAACGCAUAAAAGAGAAGUCUAAUCGGAAGGACUAUUGGCUCACUGAGGGCAUUGUGGUCAAGGUGAUGGCCAAGUCCUUGGGAGACAAGUAUUACAAAGAGAAAGGUGUGGUGAAGGAAGUCAUCAAUCGAUAUGUUGCCAUUGUGGAGAUGAUCAAGAGCGGACAUCGGCUAAAACUUGACCAGGCUCACGUGGAGACUGUCAUUCCUGCCUUAGGAAGGGUAGUAAUGGUUGUGAACGGUGCCUAUAGAGGGAACCUAGCCACAUUGGUUACCAUCAAUGAGCAGAACUUUUCAGCAACCAUUGAAAUCAGCUCUGGCCUCCAGAAAGGUAGAAAAAUAGAGAAUGUCCAGUAUGAAGACAUUUGCAAAGUGCACUACCCAUCGUGAUGUGAAGUGGACGAGAAUGCCAAUGUUUGAUCUGUGAUAUCACGAGGCACUGACUUGCUCCCUUGCCUGCCUUUGCAGAUGUGGCAAUCUACAUGAUGCUAUACAACUGCAUCCCCCAAUAUCAGUGUCGAUAGUGAGACCAAGAAUGAAUCAGAGGAUCACCCUGGAGUUUUUUCCAUUCCCUCUGUUACAGGUUCUACCCUGGUCAUUUUUACAUGAGCCUUUAAAAAAAAAAGUUUGCUUAUGGUCUCGUCUGUCUGUGUAACCAUUACUGCUUUCUUUGUCCAGCAAUAUACCUUUCCAAGAAAGUUUUGGAAUUUGAAAAGAGGGUCAAGGGACAAAGGGCUAGCUCAACCAAAAUUUUUUGUAUUGUUCUGCUUGAUAGGUCAGUAAAAGAAUGAAAAUGGAACUGUGGUUAAUUUUCCCUUAACAUAAUGCCAGUAAUCCAUCUCUCUCACUUGUGUGGAAACAAACCAAUUUUCCCAGCAGAAAUCUCAAAUAACCAAUAUUAAAAAGUCUCUCUUGAAGCCCAAUUCCUAAAAUCAAUAGCUAUUCAUUCUUAAUAUUGAUAAGUUUUCCAAUUUCCUGGACCAUUCUCAUCCUUCAAGGCCC